UUUUAAUUGAUGGAUUAAAAACCAGAAUAACAAGAGGAGGAAUAAGUUCAAAACAAAGCACAAUAAAAAUAAUAAUAAGGAAAACAAUAGCCUAAAGAAAAACAAUUGGCAGUCAAAAAUCCUAAAGGAACAAGGGAUUUCUUACCUCAAUAAAUGGUGAUAAGGAGACAAGCAUUUAAAAUAAUUACAGACGUAUUUGAGUAGCACGGAGCAGUUGAAAUUGACACCCCUGUUUUCGAGUUGAAAGAAACUCUGAUCGGUAAGUACGGUGAGGAAGGAGGAAAAUUGAUAUAUGACCUUCAAGACUAAGGAGGUGAAAUCCUAUCUUUAAGAUAUGAUCUAACAGUACCUUUUGCCAGAUACUUAGCCACCCACGGAUAUAAGAAGUUAAAAAGAUAUCACAUUGGAAAGGUGUAUAGAAGAGACAAUCCAUCAAUACAAUAAGGUAGAUUCCGUGAAUUCUUUUAGUGUGAUUUUGAUAUUGCUGGAGAGUACCAAUUUAAUUAUAAAUUAGGAAUGACCCCAUGGUGGCUGAUGCAGAAUUAAUUAAAAUAAUUGACUAGAUAUUUACUAAGUUGGAUUUAGGACCUUUUCAAAUUAAAAUAUCUAACAGAAAGUUAUUGGAUGCCAUGAUCUAAAUUGCUGGAAUACCUAAGACUUAAUUUAAGACAGUUUGCUCCAGCAUUGAUAAAUUAGAUAAAUAACCAUGGAAAGAGAUCAGACAAGAGUUGACUGAGAAGAAGGGAGUAACUGAAGAAUAAGCAGACAUCCUUAGCAAAAUGGUGUAAUUGAGAGGAGAACCUUUCUAAUUGAUUUAAUAACUCAAGGAAUAGAAGAUAUUUGAAUAAUAGGGAAAAGAAGCCUUAGAUGAAAUGGAAUUGCUUUUUAAUUUGUUGAAAUAUAUGAAUGGAUUAAAAAAUGUGAUUUUUGAUCUCUCCUUAGCAAGAGGACUUGACUAUUACACUGGAUUAAUCCAAGAAACUGUAUUAUUAGGAGGACAAUUAGGUUCAAUUUCUGGAGGGUACUAUAAUUUAUUUAUAAUUAUAUAGUGGUCGUUACGAUGAAUUAGUAGGCAUGUUUUCAAAAAACAGUAUCCCUUGCGUUGGUGCAUCAAUUGGAAUUGAGAGAAUUUUUGCUAUUUUAGAGGAUAAGUAUAAGAAGAGUGGAGUAGUUUUGCGUGAAAAUCAAUCAGAUUGUAUAGUUGCAACAAUCCCUUCUAAAAACAUUGAUAUGACUGCUGAGAAAUUCAAAAUCUAUGAUUUGUUAUGGUCUAAUGGUAUUAAAGCUGAUGUUUGCUAUAAAUUGAAUUGGAACUUGGGUAAGUAAUUAACUUAUGCAAAUGAUUAAUAAAUCCCAUAUGCAAUUGUCAUUGGAGAAGAUGAAGUCAAAUAAGAAGUUGUUAAAUUUAAGGAUUUCAUUGAGAAGAAAGAAGAGACUGUUAGUUUGAAGGAUCUAGUUUAGAUUAUUAAGUAGAGAGUUGGAAAGUGAAUAUAAUAAUAAAAAUUAGUGAG